CACUUUUUUAACUUAUUUUGUUGCUGACCUGUACACCUCACACACGUGUCGCGUGUAUUUCCGCCACGUGUACAUCCAACAGUUUCUCCUGAUUCUCCAUCUUCAGAAAUCCCAAUUCAAUCUUCUUCAAUUAACCCUAGUUUCAUUUCAGGUCUUCUUCACCCCCAAAUUUCACAAACCCUAAAACACUCAUUUUCUCAAAUGUCACCAUAAUAUUCAUUGUUUAAACCACCAAUUUCAAAUUCAAUGGAUCAAGAGUUUAACAACAACAACAAUAAUAAUAAUCUAUCAAUAUCCGUACACAACCCAUUCAAUUACAGACUCACAAACGGUUCAACAAAUCCUCACCAUCAAACGACGUCGUGCUGCCUCGAAAUCCGUUUAUUCUACGUCAGAAUCACACCGUGCACCGUUACCACCGUGCCGGAAAACCUAACGCUGCGAAACCUCCGCCGUGAAAUCGGCGUUUCACUUGAAAUUAACGGCGUUAGGGUUCCGUCAUCCAACACUGCGUUAGUAACAUUACGUAGAGACCGUGUGGAUACAGAGUCGUCAGAAGUGACGUAUGUUAGUACGGAUAAUGUUAGGGUUUCUGGUGCGAUUGAAUUUGAGGUAAUUGACGAGUUAGAUGAUCGAGAGAUGGUUUUGUGUGGAUCGGUUGAGCGAAUCGAACCGAUUUGGAGCAAUGGGGGUUUGGAUAAUGGUAAUAGUGGUGUUGGAUCGAAAACUGGUUGGAGUAUGGACUUUUACGCUGCGAAUUUGUCGAAAUUCGGGGGGUUUUCAACGUCGAUUGAGGUUUAUAUUGCUGGUUGUUGCUCUUCGGUGCCAGUGAUAUUGACGAAAACGAUUCAAGUUAGUCCACGGAGACGAGGGCUUAGGCAGGGGACGCUUGAUGCGAUACCGGAGGAUGAAGAGGUUGGUAAGGAAGUGGUGAGGGAGAAUGGGGUUGUGCGGCAGCGGAAAUUGCUGCAUACAGGGGAAGAAGGCUAUGAGUAUGAAUCAGGAGUCAAAGUCGGACCAAGCUAUUAUUCAGAUGAAAUGUACUAUGAUGAAGAUGGUCAACUCACCUGGUUCAAUGCUGGUGUAAGAGUUGGUGUUGGGAUCGGCCUCGGGAUGUGUCUUGGUAUCGGGAUUGGUGUCGGUUUGCUAAUGCGCUCGUAUCAAGCCACCACUCGCAAUUUCAGGAGGAGAUUUUUUUGAGCUUUUCCUCACUUCCAACAUCUUCAGAAAUGCCAAAAGGGAACAUACUCCGGAUCUAAAUAUCCGGUUUUUCUAGAGCAAACCGCCCAUUACCCGGGGGCAUAGAAAAUGGAGUUUACUGAUGUAUGCGGAUAAAAAAGCUUGCGGGUUUGAUCGAAAAGUUGUUUUUUGUAGAUAGGUUUCGGGUUCGGUUUUAGGGUUGAAGUCAUCCUGAGGUUUGGUUUAUAAUGUUUGUUUCAUGUAAAUCUCCCUGCGACAUAACUUUUGUUUUUGCUCAUAUCUCUAAAUAAGUUGGCUGCCUUUGCACAAUCUUUGAUUA